AGCACAUCAGGCUUACACUAGUAGUGGUAGUUCCACCAAAGCAGUGAUAAAUGAUCCGAUGAAAACACCCUUUCCGCAGACUGAUGCAGCGCAUCAGGCUUACACUAGUAGCGGUAGUUCAAGUUCCACCAAAGCAGUUAUAAAUGAUCCGAUGAAAACACCCUUUCCGCAGACUGAUGCAGCGCAAGUUCUCGUUAUGCAUGGAGGCGUGGUUGACCUGUCCCUGUUCCAGCAACAGUGCUCGUCAGGUUCACUACCUGAACACGGCUCAGUAGACUAA